AUGCAGUCAACGACGACGGCGUGCCAGCAGCAACAGCAGCAACAACAACAGCGGCAGCACAAUCAGCACCAGAACGCGAGCUCGUCGAACAACCGCACGUCCUUCCUGAUCGAGGACAUUCUCAGUCGUGGCGGUACCACCGUCACCGCGGCUUCAACAGUCGGCACGGGCUCACUUUCCGCUCACCAUCACCACCAACACCAACAUCCCACCUCGCCCCAGGCAAACAACGGCCACCCGCUACACCAGCACCCGUCGCAGCAGCAGCAGCAGCAGCAGCAACAACAACAGUACCAGCAGUUUGCUCUGAACAACCUGCUGCCGGGCUACCCGACGGCCACAGGGCCACCGUCAGCUGCAGCCGCGGCCUUCUUUCUCGGCCCGUUGUUCGGCGGUGCGGGCAUGGGCGUGGGCGUCGUACCCGGGGUCAGCGAGCUCGCGGCCCUCAAACACUGCCGGCGACGCAAGGCCAGGACUGUGUUUAGCGACCAGCAGCUGGCCGGGCUGGAGGCGCGCUUCGAGGCUCAGCGCUACCUGAGCACGCCCGAGCGCGUCGAGCUCGCCGCGGCGCUCCACCUGUCCGAGACUCAGGUGAAGACGUGGUUUCAAAACCGGAGGAUGAAGCACAAGAAACAACUGAGGAAACUCAAUAGCAACAGCGCUGGUGGUGGGAGCAACGGCGCCGCUGGGGCUACGAGCGGGAACAGCACCGGUCAAGCGGCCGGACAACAGAGUACCGGGGGGACGUCGACUGCUUUGCCUGCUGAGCGUCCAGUCGACUUCUCGCUCGGCGGUGGUCGCGAGAGCCGUGGUUCGAGCGACGCGAUGGCCGACGGUUCGGACGACGCCUCAGACGACGAGAUAGACGUGCUGAACGACGACGAGGACAGCCCGACCGGCUCACAGGAUGGAUCGUCGGCAACGCGGCCGCUCCUCCAGAGGCGCGUCACACCCUCGCCGAUGCCUCUGUGCGCGCCGGCCAACAGCACAACCAAGGAUCACCACGCGCUGCAUCACCACCACCACCACCAUCCGUCGCAUCAUCAUCAAUACCAGCAUCACUCGUUGCAGCACCACCAGGUCAUUGGUUUGGCCCAUCUGCAGAGGGCCCAUCAUCGCUGA